AGUUUCUGAGGAAGGACUGUAACAGGCAGAACUAAAUAACAGUUGCACCCCAUCACUUGUUGACCUGACUUCACAGCUGCUCCACUAAUAGGCUCGCACCAUCUCGAGGUCAGUGUCGUCAACAGUUGCAAACAAGGAGUUUAUUUUCUCAAAGUGACAAUGCUUAACUCUGUGGGACUGAGCCUUGUGGUGCUGCUUUCAGCGAUAGGAGCAGCCACCGUGGAGAGAGCGGAGUACGACUACUACAAAUACCAUCCCAUGCCAGAGAUCUCAAACUGGAUGGAUCAGAUUGCGAAGGAUUACCAUGAUGUUGUGAGCAUCGUGGAAUAUGGACAAACCUAUGAGAAGAAGGUUAUUCGCUUGCUCAAGAUUGGCGUGAAUACUGGUGAGAAAAAGAAAGCUAUCUGGAUGGACUGUGGUAUACACGCCAGGGAAUGGAUCGCCCCGGCCUUCUGUCAGUACUUUGUCAGAGAGAUCCUGCAGGCCUACAAAACAGACCCAAAAAUGCAAGAGAUGAUGACGAACAUGGACUUCUAUGUCACCCCUGUGCUCAACAUGGACGGCUACGUGUACUCCUGGAAGGACAACACAACUCGACUGUGGAGGAAGAACAGGUCACCGGGACCUUCAGGCUACGACUGUUAUGGCACUGAUCUCAACCGCAACUUUGAUGCCAACUGGGGCAUCGGGAUAUCAUUUAACUGCAGCUCAAACAUCUACUGCGGGAGCCAAGCUGUGUCUGAGCCCGAGGCCCAGGCUGUAACUUACUUUGUAGGAAGUCGGAAGGAGGACUUCCUGUGUUUCCUCACCAUCCACUCCUACAGCCAGCUGCUCCUGAUUCCCUAUGGACACCCCAACUUCACCGCCGCCAACUACGAUGAGCUGAUGGAGGUGGGUUUGGGUGCAGCAGACGCCAUAAGGAGAGUCCAUGGGAUGAACUACACAGUAGGAACCUCACCAGAUGUCUUGUACCCCAACUCUGGUUCAUCCAGAGACUGGGCUCGGAUGCAGGGGAUCCCCCUCACCUUCACCUUUGAGCUCAGAGAUAAAGGGGAGUUCGGCUUCAUGCUUCCCGAGAAUCAAAUCCAGCCGGCCUGUGAGGAGGCCUACAGCGGAGCCCUGCAUAUCAUCACCUACGCCCACGACAAGACCUUUAGUGGUGCCGUGGCAACCGCUGCUGCAACCCUUUGGACCUUGCUGUUAGCAGCGUGUGUCACCGGCACCAACCUGAUGUGAAGUGGAGGAAACUGCAUGAGGGAAACUGACCAAAGCAACCCUCAUUUUAGGCAGAAUGUUUUGUUGAUAAAUUACGAUCAGAUGUAUCUCUUGAUAAAUAAUAAUGCGUCCAUUAUGAAACUGUUAAGUGUCUUUGAAUGAUCCGAAAUGUUUAUAUCUGCUCAUAAACUUCCAUGAAUGUCAUAUUGCAGGCAGUGGUUGAUAAAUUUGAAUUAUUCGUCUAUUUUUUUUAUCAAUAUCAUGACAAAAUAUAACAUUAUGUGGCAAGAGUGGAAAAAUAAGAAUAAAAUCU